AUGGUGAACGGGAACCCUGCUGUGGGACACGAUGGUAUCACAUCUGGUGCUGCUGCUGCUGCUGCUUCCCCCGCAUUCGGCGUAACAACCCUUCGGAUGAGUAUCCCAGGUUGCCUCCCCCGAAUGUUCGAAGGAAGGGCGGAUGAGUAUGAGCGAGAGAGAGGAGCGAGCGCGGUGGGUGCGAUGCUCUGCGUAACUACAUUAUCCAAUACACGUUCGUCCCGUCGUGGUAGAACUGCGUUCCUUCAUCCAAAUACCGUUCCCGUCAAGGCCACACUCCGAGGUAAAUGCUGUGAUGGCGCAGCACAAAUGUCCGUCCUGUUCCGGCCUGAUGAUAAUCCGUUGACAAACUGA